AUGUUAUUCAUUAAGAAUUUACCAUUUAGUAUUACUGAAGAAAAACUUAAAGAAAUCUUUUCUAAAUUUGAAGUUGUUGAGGCUACAAUUGUUAAGACUCAUAAAAAGAAACAAAAUGUUAAUCUUAGUAAAGGUUUUGGAUUUGUUACUGUUAAAACUUCAGAAGAACAAAAGAAAGCAAUUGCUGAAAUGAAUAACUUUGAAAUUGAAGGAAGAAAAAUUAUUGUUGCUGCUGCUUAUAAGAGAAUUGAAAAAAAACAAGUUGCUAAGAAAACAAAUGAACCAAAACAACUUUCUGAAACUAAUAUUUUCGUUAAGAAUUUACCAUUUGACUUAACUGAUGAAAGUUUCAAAAAACUUUUUGAAAAGUAUGAAGUUAAUGAAGCUACUAUUGUAAAGAGACAUAGCAAAAAAUUAAACACUGACAGAAGUAAAGGAUAUGGUUUUGUUGUCUUUAAAACUACUGAAGGACAAAAGAAAGCUAUUGAAGAAAUGAAUAAUUUUGAAAUCGAAGGUAGAAAAAUUACUGUUGCUCCAGCUUAUCAAAGAGUUGAGAAGAAAGAAGAAACUACUACCAAUUAA